ACUGCGUGUGUUUAUGAAGCGGAGUGAAGCUCGGCAUCGACCGCGCCGCUGCCGCCAUUUUGCGUUCGGCAAAAAUAAUUGAGUCAAUAAAAUGUGGGUGUAUUGAGUUGAAAAACACGCGAAGUGAUUUUGUUUUAUUUAACUAUAGCUAUGAAAACUUGAGUUUUUGUGAACAUUAUUAAUAUUUACAAUGGAAGACGAAUAUAUGGACACGCAGGAGUCGCAAGCUGCAAACGAUAGUGGCAGUGGAAAUGAUAUGCCAGACUCUUCCAAGGAUUUCGAUUCUGGAGGUUAUGAUGAUAAUUAUGAUGAUGAUGAUGGCGGAAACAACUUUAGGGGAAACCGCGGUCGAGGGAAUUUCAGACGCGGGCGCGGCCCCCCGCCCGGCUGGAUGAACGGCCCCCCGCCGCCGAUGCGCUUCCGAGGCCGCGGGUACGGGCCCGGCGGGCCCCCCAUGCGCGGCCGGGGCUUCUUCCGCGGCCGGGGCGGGCCCCGCUUCGGGCCGAACAACGGGCCGAACUUUGACAAUAACUGGGGGCCGAUGGGGCCCCCGCCCCCGGGCAUGAUGGGCGGGCCGCCGCCGUUCGGCCCCCCCGGUAUGAUGCCCCCCGGCGGACCCAUGGGCCCCCCGCCCAAUAUGAUGCAGCCGCCCCCUUUCGGCGGACCGCCUGGAAUGCCACCGCCUAAUAUGCCCGCCCCGGAACUGUGGGUGGAGACGAAGUCUGAGGAGGGCAAGUCGUACUACUACCACGCGCGCACGCGCGAGACCACGUGGACGCGGCCGCAGGAGGGGCCCGCCUGCCGCGUGCUCGCGCAGCACGAGGUGGAGGCCAUGGCCGCCAGCGGUCAGAUGCCCGGCAUGGGCGGCCCGCAGUCCAUGGGCAUGAUGAUGAACGGCAUGGUGAACAUGAUGCCCCAGGGGCCAGCGCCCGCCUCGCUGCCGCCCUUCAUGACCCAGCCGCCGCCCUGGAUCAAGGAUCACAACAAAGAGAAACAAGACUCGGCCAGUCCCAACGGCAGCGAAGAUAUGCCCCCGGGGGAGACCGCGCCCGCCACCCAGCAGAACAAUGGUAACAACAUGCCGCCGGGCGCUAUGGGCGGCAUGGGGGGCAUGGGGUUCCCCCCCGGCGGCCCCCCCGCGGGGUUCCCGCCGGGCCCCGCGUGGGGGGGCGGCUGGGGGGGCUGGCCGCCGCCCGGGGUGGCGCAGCCGCCGCCCAGCCUCAACGCCGCCGCUCCCGAUACUGGUACAGCGAGCCAAGGCCCCCAGCCGAUGUCGAACCCGAACCCCGCCCUCGGGAACAUGCCGUCCAUGCCGGGUAACAUGCCCUCCAUGCCGGGCAACAUGCCCUCCAUGCCGGGGAGCGCCAUGAGCGGCCCGAUGAGCGCUAUGAGCGGCAACGGAAUGAGCAUGGGGACUGCGAUGGCGGGCGGCGGAGCCCUACAGCCGCCGCCGGCCGCCGCGCAGGCUCUGCCCGCCCCUGAGAUCAUACCGGACUCGCCGCCCCAGCCAGACGAACAGGAAAUACCCGCUGAACUAGAAGCCCUGGCGUCGGAGUGGACGACGCACUUCGCGCCCGACGGCAGACCGUACUACCACCACGCCGGCAAGGGCCAGUCCGUGUGGGAGAUGCCCGAGCCGAUGAAGAAGCUGAACGAUUUGAAGGCAAAACUGAAUAUCGAUAAGAGUGAUAAGCCAAUUGAGAAGAUCGACUUGGUGGAACCCAAGGUGGAUGGGGAAGUGAUAGACGUGGAGGCGCACGCGGAGGCGGCGGCGCGGCGCGCGGCGGCCGCGGAGCCCCGCGCGGAGCCCGAGCGGCUGCCGGACGCGGCCGAGAAGCCCGAGCGCGCCAAGCUGGACCGCAGCCGGCCCAUCUCCAGCAUGCAGAUACCCGGCACGCUCUGGUGCGUGGUGUGGACUGGCGACGGCCGCGUGUUCUUCUACAACCCCACGGCCACCAGCAACAAGUCGGUGUGGGAGCGCCCCCCGGAGCUGCUGGGGCGCGCUGAUGUCGACAGGGCUGUGCAGAACCCGCCGCCCGCCGUGCUCAGCUUGCAGGCGAAGGAGGCGGCAGCGGGCGCGACCGGGGCUCCGGCGGGCGGCAACGGGGAGCUGAAGCGGGCCUCCUCCAGCGACUCCUCCGACGGGGAGCCCGAGCCCGCCAAGCGGACCAAGACGGACUCCGCGUCGCCGCUCAAGCAGCCGGGCGCUGGUGGCGGUGGUGGCGCUAGUGGCGGCCGCACAAGCAGCCAGAUCGGCGCGGGCGCGGCGGCCGCCAUGGAGGCGGAGAUGCGCGCGGCGCGCGACCGCGCGCUGGUGCCGCACGAGGCGCGCGUGCGCAGCUUCCUGCUGAUGCUGCACGAGAAGCAGGUGUCCGCCUUCAGCACCUGGGAGAAGGAGCUGCACAAGAUCGUGUUCGACGCGCGCUACCUCAUGCUCAACUCCAAGGACCGCCGGCAGGUGUUCGACCAGUACGUGCGCGAGAGGGCCGAGGAGGAGCGGAAGGAGAAGAAGAACAGGCUGCAGCAGAAGAAGGCGGCCUUCCGGCAGCUGUGCGAGGAGGCCAAGUUACAUUCCAAGUCGUCUUUCACGGACUUCUCGUCCAAGCACGGGCGGGACGAGCGCUUCAAAGCCAUCGAGAAACAGCGCGACCGAGAGACAUACUUCAACGAGCACCUCGCCGACGUGCGCAAGCGCGAGAAGGAGGAGAAGGAGAGGAAGAAGGAGCAGGCUAAGGCGGAUUUCAUAGCGCUGCUGAAGGAGAAGGCGGUGGACCGCCACGCGAGGUGGGCCGACGCCAAGAAGAAGCUGGACUCGGAGCCGCGGUACAAGGCGGUGGACGGCAGCUCCCUGAAGGAGGACUACUUCAGGGAGUACUGCAAGAUUGUCAAAGAGGAGAGGAAGAAGGAGAAGGAGGGGAAGGAGAAGGACCGCGACCGCAGCAGUAAGAAGGAGAAGAAAGAGCGGGACAAAGACAAGGACAAGGACAAGGAGAGGGACAGAGACGACAAGAAAGAUAAGGACAGCAAGCGCGACAAGAAGAAGGAGAAGGCAGACGAGGCGGAGGGCGAGCCCGAGGCGGAGGCGGAGGCGGAGGCCGAGGCGGAGUCGGACGCGGCCGCGCGCGAGAAGGAGGCGCGCGCGCUCGCCUCCAUCAAGGAGCGGCAGAAGGAGGUGCAGAGAGCGCUCGCGACCAGCUUGAGAGACAGAGACAAGGAGCGGGAGUACCAUAGGAAGGAUGAGGCUAUGCAGAAUUUCAACGCGCUGCUGGUGGACAUGGUGCGCGACCCCGAGCUGGCGUGGCGCGACGCCAAGAAGCAGCUGAAGAAGGACCACCGCUACGGCGCCGCCGACUUGCUUACCAAGGAGGACAAGGAGCGGCUGUUCGCGCAGCACACGGCGGCGCUGGCACACAAGCGACGCGGCAAGCUGCGCGCGCUGCUGCGCGAGUGGGGCGUGGCGGGCACGGCGCGCUGGCGGGACGUGCGCGCGCGCCUCGCCGCCGAGCCCGCCGCGCCCGCCUACGGCAGCGCCGCGCAGAUGGAGCGCGAGUUCCGCGAGUACCAGCGCGACCAGCAGAGCGCGGCCAAGGCGGCGCUGCGGCAGCUGCUGCUGGAGACGCGCGCGCUCACGCACCAGAGUCUGGCGCGCGCCGCCAGCCCCGCCGGCAUGGCCGCCGUGCACCAGGCGCUGCGGCACGACGCCAGGUACCUGGCGCUGGAGCACGCGCCGGAGGAGCGGCAGAGCGUCAUCAGCGCGCACCUCGAGGAGCUGCAGCGGAGGGGCCCGCCGCCGCCGCCCACCGCCAGCGAGCCCGCGCGCCGCGCCAAGUGACAGCGGGAGCGGCCGGUGGCGCCGGAAUCCUAACGUGUAUAUUUUGAGUCAUUCUAGUUAAGAAGACGAUUAGUGAUAAUUUUUAUGAAAUAAAUAAAAUGCACUUGUUCCAAA